AUGGUUUCUAUUUGGUUAAUUCUAGGAUGCGCUUUCUGUUCUCUCGAGAGCGACAUGCUGAGAUACACAAACAAGUUCAGGAACGAGCACAACAUGGAGGAGCUUUAUAGCCUGCCCUCGCUGCAGAAGGCUGCGGACUUGCAAGUGUUGCAUAUGUGCAGAAAGGCCAAGCUUACACACGAUGGGCCUAGCGGACUGGAGUCCAAUCUUGCUGGAAGACUAAAGAAGUUUGACUUUGUUGGACUGAACAUUGGUGAAAACAUUGCCAAGCAGGAGAAUGACGAUUAUAGGGAGGUUGUCAAGCUCUGGAUGAAAUCAGAAAAGCAUAGAAACAACAUUCUUGGGGACUAUGUAUAUUCUGGAGUUGCUACGUGUGUUGGGAAGGACGGCAAUAGAUAUUGGGUUCAGGUGUUUGGAAAGGAUGUCAGCAACACAAAGAUUGCCAAGAUGAGAGACGGGAUGAAGACGUCUACGUCUAAAGGAUGUGACACCCAGUCGAAGGGUGGAGGGCGGCCUGCUAUGGAGAAGAUGCAUGAUAAGAAAGAGGAUUUUGGAGAGGAAGGCUACAUAAUGGUGAUUCCUCCUGAGUACGAGAAGAAGCUGCAAGGGAGUAGAGAAGACUUUGAGGAUGCCUCGGACGAGCGUGGAAGUGGUGAGCCAAUUGCGAACCAAAGGGAUGUAGAAAAUCGUCCUAAUGAAGGAAAGAGGAUACCUGAAAUUGGGUUAGAUAGAAUGAAGUAUCCUGGAUGGAGCUUUAUUAGAAGGCCUAGGUCUAUUUCCCCUCAUGAGCGUGAUAGGAGGAGGGAAGAAAGGGAGCUACUGAGCUUUGGAGAUUAUCUAAUUCCACCGCAUAAUGAAGGAAAGAGCCAGACAAAAGCCGAUGUCCAAAGCACUCCAUACUCAUUAAGCUCUCAGGUCCCUGUUUCUACUGUCAUACAUGAUGCCAAGACCCAGUCUUCGACAAUACCAACAAUUACAUUUGUAUUUAAGGAUCCAGGAAACACUACGAUAGUCCCCGCACUUCAGUCAUUGAUUGAUGCGAUUAAGGGGGCAUCGUCGGAAGUCCCUUCGAGCAGCAAAACUUCUUCCAUGCCUCCAACCUUGUAUUCUUCCUCGAAGACAAGUGCUUCCACCACCCAGCCGCCUGUAUCCAGCAGUGUACAGACGUCCUCUUUUGUAACAAGUAGUAGGAAUGCAAUAUCCACGGUUACGGUUACCACAACGACCCAUGAGUCUGUUACUACUGUUUAUGUGCCGAAGCAUCAGGUCCUGACAACAACGGUGCAAUCUGAUAGAAAAAGCACUGACCAGCCAUCCGGGAGAAAACCAUCCGGCCAAGGAAGUCUUGGAGGAUUGCCAUUAAGACUUCUCGGGGCAAGCGGGGGUGGCAGCAACGGGAUCAUAAGUCCUGUUGUAAGAUUCGAUGGAAAGGACGGCACAGGAAGUGAUGGAGAGGAAGAAGGCCUUGGGUACGGAAAGAUAUGCCAAAACGGCUACAACAAGGAUGGGACAUGUGUGGCUUCAAAGGAGCUUGACAGCUCGAAACUGAAGGACGCCUUGGAAGACCUAGUCCGGAAGGGAAAGAUCCAUCUUCAUAUUGUAUCUGAUGAGGAUUGUGAGGACAAGGAGGGUUGUUACGAAAGUAAGAAUAGAGUCGAUAUAGGAAUUCCGUUUUCCUAUAAACUUUGA